AUGGAAGAGAACAGGUGGUUUUUGUCCAUCAUUCAGAAUGAGUUCAGAAAUGGGAAGAUCGAUUUAGACAGUACGAUGAAACUGCUCGAUAAAUUCCAGAUCGCUUUUGAUUACAUGCAUGUAAAACAUGUUUUUAAGAAAACAGUUGACAAACGGAAGGCACCAACUAUUAACAUAGAAGACUUCAGGGCAAUUUAUCGAACUAUUGUACACAGACCUGAAUUUCAUGAACUUUUCUGCACUUAUUCUCCAAACCGCAAAAUUCUAGCUGACACCGAGCUCAUCACAUUCCUCCAAAAAGAACAAUUUGAAACAGAAGCUAAUGAAACAACUGCCUUAGAAAUUAUUUCAAAAUAUGAACCCAUUGAAGAAGUGAGGAAAAGAAGGCAGAUGUCAUUUGAAGGAUUUAUAAGAUACUUGAACUCAGAAGACUGUUUGAUAUUUAGAAAAGAUCACAGGACUGUCUACCAAGAUAUGAACCGGCCAUUAUGUGACUAUUUUAUUUCAUCUUCUCACAACACCUAUUUGAUAUCAGACCAAUUAAUAGGGCCCAGUCAUUUAUGGGGAUAUGCCAGUGCUCUGCUAAAAGGAUGUCGUUGCCUGGAAAUUGACUGCUGGGAUGGCUCACAUAACGAACCUGUUGUAUAUCAUGGUCAUACUUUGACAAGCAAAAUUUCAUUUAGUUCUGUAAUUCAUGUGAUAGGCAAAUAUGCAUUUGCGGCAUCUGAGUAUCCAAUUGUACUAUCUUUGGAGAAUCACUGCAGCCCCAAGCAACAAGAAGUAAUGGCAGACUAUUUAGAAAAUAUUCUAGGUGACAGACUUCUUACUUCAGCAAUUGAUGAUAAAGUGCCAACUGAACUACCUUCUCCUGAGGCAUUAAAAUUCAAAAUAUUAGUAAAAAAUAAAAAAGUUGGAACACUUGAGGAAACUAUUCUCAGGAAAGGUCAUGACAGUCAUGGUGAGACAGGGGAAAUUUUUGAAGAGAUGAAUCCUUCUGAAGAAGAUGAGGCAGAUGAAACAACCCCAAUUUACCCAAAGACUGAUUCAUCAAAAAGAAAAUGUGAAGAUAGAUCUUCUCCCCCACCUCGAAAAAAGCCAAAGAUGAAGAAGAUAAAGAUUGCCAUUGAGUUGUCAGAUCUUGUGAUUUAUACCAAAUCUCAAAAGUUUGUAAGCUUUGAGCAGUCACGAGAUACUCAGAAGUGUUAUGAAAAUAAUUCAAUUGGAGAGUCUCGAGCACGAAAACUUGUAAAACAUUCAGCUCUUGAGUUUAUUGCACAUACUAAAAGGUUUAUUACAAGAAUCUACCCCAAAGGAACAAGAACCAACUCUUCAAAUUAUAAUCCUCAAGAAUUCUGGAAUGUUGGGUGUCAAAUGGUGGCCUUAAAUUUCCAGACACCUGGAGUACAAAUGGAAUUGCAAAAUGGAAAAUUCCUAGACAAUGGUGGUUGUGGCUAUAUUCUGAAGCCAGAAUUCUUGAGAAAUCUCAAUUCAAUGUUUAACCCACACAAGGUAGCAGGAGAAAGUAGUCCAGUAGCUCUUUCAAUAAGGCUCAUCAGUGGUCAUCAGCUACCACGCAGUAAUCUAUCGAAGACUAACAAAGCUGACCCUUUAGUGCAGAUAGAAAUUUAUGGUGUGCCAGAAGAUCAAAUAAAAAGACAAUCUAGUGUUGUAAAAAGCAACGCUUUGAGCCCCAGAUGGAAUGAAACUUUUACGUUUACUGUCCAAGUUCCAGAGCUGGCACUGAUACGCUUCAAUGUGGAAGAUCAGAUAUCUCUAGCUGCAAAUGAAUUCCUUGGCCAAUACACUUUACCAGUGCUGAGCCUGAGCAAAGGUUACCGUAACAUUCCGCUCUUUUCCAAAGCUGGUGACAAUCUUGAACCUGCAUCACUGUUUGUUUACAUCUGGUACUAUUAA